GUCGGUGGGGGCAGCAGGAUGCUGGUGGAAGCAGAGGGGACCGGCCGGGUGCCUCUGCAGCUCGGCUGGAAGGGCCCGGCGGGGCGUGUGCGGCUGCUAGUGAGCGCCCCCCAGCCCCACGCCUCCCCAUGCAGCCCUGGCAGUGCCUCCGGCGUUUCGCCCUGGCCUGGUGGGAGAGGACAGCCGAGGGCAGAGCCCGCUCUCCCAGGGAGGAGGCUGGACCGAGGGACCCUGGGGGCCGCGGGGAGCCAGGGCUCCAGCGUGCAGCGGGAGGGAAGCCUCCAGGACUCUGUUCCCUCUGUUUAAAGUCUCCAGAUCCUGAGCGGAGCAGCCCCCCCAUGCUGUCUGCGGACGAUGCCGAAUACCCGCGAGAGUACCGGACCCUGGGGGGCGGGGGCGGCGGGGGCAGUGGGGGCCGGCGCUUCUCCAAUGUGGGGCUGGUGCACACAUCGGAGCGGCGGCACACGGUGAUCGCUGCCCAGAGCCUGGAGGCGCUCAGCGGGCUCCAGAAGGCGGAUGCCGACCGUAAGCGAGAUGCCUUUAUGGACCACCUGAAGAGCAAGUACCCCCAGCACGCCCUGGCCCUGCGAGGCCAGCAAGACAGGAUGCGAGAGCAGGUUGGCAGCUGGACGGUGGACCCGGUGUGCCUCCUCAGCUCCCUCUGCUCCCACCUUCAUGGCGACUCCGCCCCCUCCGGGGCUGGCCAGCCGGCCCAGCAGCCAAACUACUGGAGUUUCAAGACCCGCAGCUCGCGCCACACUCAGGGAACCCAGCCGGGGCUGGCAGACCAGGCGGCUAAGCUGUCGUACGCCUCGGCUGAGUCGCUGGAGACCAUGUCGGAGGCUGAGCUGCCCCUGGGCUUCAGCAGGAUGAACCGCUUCCGACAGAGCCUGCCCCUCUCGCGCUCUGCCAGCCAGACCAAGCUGCGCUCGCCAGGGGUGCUGUUCCUGCAGUUUGGGGAGGAGACUCGACGCGUGCACAUCACGCACGAGGUCAGCAGCCUGGACACGCUGCACGCGCUCAUCGCGCACAUGUUCCCGCAGAAGCUCACCAUGGGCAUGCUUAAGUCGCCCAACACCGCCAUCCUCAUCAAAGACGAAGCUCGCAACGUCUUCUACGAGCUGGAGGACGUCCGGGAUAUCCAGGACCGCAGUAUUAUCAAGAUUUAUAGGAAGGAGCCACUCUAUGCUGCUUUCCCUGGCUCACACCUCACCAACGGGGACCUCCGGAGAGAGAUGGUGUACGCGUCGCGGGAGUCAUCGCCCACACGACGCCUCAACAACCUGUCACCAGCGCCACAUCUGGCUUCCGGCUCGCCGCCGCCCGGGCUACCGUCGGGGCUGCCCUCUGGCUCGCCAUCGCGCUCACGUCUCUCAUACGCUGGGGCGCGCCCGCCCUCAUAUGCUGGCAGCCCAGUGCAUCACGCUGCAGAACGACUGGGAGGCACCCCGGCCUCCCAGGGCGUCAGUCCCAGCCCCAGUGCCAUCCUGGAGCGGCGCGACGUGAAGCCGGACGAGGACCUGGCGGGCAAGGCGGGCGGCAUGGUGCUGGUGAAGGGCGAGGGCCUCUACGCCGACCCCUAUGGGCUACUGCAUGAGGGCCGUCUGAGUUUGGCGGCGGCCGCAGGCGACCCGUUCGCCUACCCCGGGGCCGGCGGCCUCUACAAGCGUGGCUCGGUACGCUCGCUCAGCACCUACUCGGCCGCCGCGCUGCAGUCCGACCUGGAGGACUCGCUGUACAAGGCCGCAGGUGGCGGCCCGCUCUAUGGCGACGGCUACGGCUUUCGUCUGCCGCCCUCCUCGCCCCAGAAGCUGACCGACGUGGCGGCGCCCCCCGGAGGCCCCCCGCCGCCGCACAGCCCCUACUCAGGGCCGCCCAGCCGGGGCUCGCCAGUGCGCCAGUCCUUCCGCAAAGACUCGGGGUCCUCUUCUGUCUUCGCCGAGAGUCCUGGAGGCAAGACCCGCAGCACGGGCAGCACUUCGACGGCUGGAGCACCCCCCUCCGAGCUCUUCCCCGGGCCUGGGGAGCGUUCGCUUGUUGGGUUUGGGCCGCCAGUGCCAGCCAAGGACACGGAGACCAGGGAGCGCAUGGAGGCCAUGGAGAAGCAAAUAGCCAGCCUCACAGGCCUGGUGCAAAGUGCUCUACUGCGAGGCUCAGAGCCUGAGACCCCCAGUGAGAAGAUUGAAGGCUCCAAUGGAGCAGCCACCCCCUCAGCACCUGGAGGGUUGGGAAGCCGGAGCAGCGGGGCUACCCCGGUGUCUGGCCCUCCCCCGCCCUCAGCCAGCAGCGCCCCUGCGGGGCAGCCCACUGCGGUCAGCCGUCUGCAGAUGCAGUUGCACCUGCGAGGCUUACAGAACAGUGCCAGCGACCUGCGCGGGCAGCUUCAGCAGUUGCGCAAGCUUCAGCUGCAGAACCAGGAGUCGGUGCGCGCGCUGCUGAAGCGCACGGAGGCGGAGCUGAGCAUGCGCGUGUCGGAGGCGGCGCGGCGGCAGGAGGACCCGCUGCAGCGGCAGCGCACCCUGGUGGAGGAGGAGAGGCUGCGCUAUCUCAAUGAUGAGGAGCUCAUCACCCAGCAGCUCAAUGACCUGGAGAAAUCAGUGGAGAAGAUUCAGAGGGACAUGACCCACAAUCACCGGCUGGUACCUGGCCCCGAGCUGGAGGAGAAGGCGCUGGUGCUGAAGCAGCUUGGGGAGACGCUGACGGAGCUCAAGGCUCACUUCCCAGGCCUGCAGAGCAAGAUGCGGGUUGUGCUGCGUGUGGAGGUAGAGGCAGUGAAGUUCCUGAAGGAAGAGCCCCAGCGUCUGGAUGGGCUCCUCAAGCGCUGCCGUGGAGUCACAGAGACGCUGGCCCAGAUCCGAAGGCAAGUGGACGAGGGUGUGUGGCCACCCCCCAACAACCUUCUGAAUCAAUCCCCUAAGAAGGUGAUGGCUGAGACUGACUUCAACAAGAGCUUGGACUUUGAAAUGCCACCCCCCAGUCCCCCGCUGAACCUCCAUGAGCUGAGUGGGCCAACUGAGGGAGCCCCACUCACCCCCAAGGGGGGCAACCCUACCAAAGGCCUAGACACUCCUGGCAAGAGAAAUGUGGACAAGGCUGUGUCCGUUGAGGCUGCAGAGCGAGACUGGGAGGAGAAGAGGGCAGCUCUGACCCAGUACAGCGCCAAGGACAUCAACCGGCUAUUGGAGGAGACCCAGGCAGAGCUGCUCAAGGCCAUACCUGACCUGGACUGUGCAAGCAAGGCACCCCCGGGCCCAGCCCCCACCCCAGACCAUAAGCCUCCCAAGGCCCCCCACGGCCAGAAGGCAGCUCCUCGAACGGAGCCCAGUGGAAGAAGGGGUUCAGAUGAGCUGACAGUGCCCAGAUACCGCACGGAGAAGCCUUCCAAGUCGCCCCCACCGCCCCCUCCCCGCCGAAGCUUCCCUUCCUCCCACGGCCUGACCACCACGCGCACUGGAGAGGUGGUGGUCACCAGCAAGAAAGACUCAGCCUUCAUCAAGAAGGCUGAGUCUGAGGAGCUGGAGGUGCAGAAACCCCAGGUGAAGCUGCGCCGGGCUGUUUCUGAGGUGGCCCGCCCGGCCUCCACCCCACCUAUCAUGGCUUCUGCCAUCAAGGACGAGGACGAUGAGGAUCGCAUCAUUGCAGAACUGGAGGUGUUUGAGAGAAGCUCAGUGUCUUCCCUCCCCCCCACGCCCCGUCGCCAGCUGAUCCCCACCUUGCUGUCCCCCCAGGACCUGGGGCCCCCCAGGGGCUCAGCCCUGGGUCCCACACGGAAGAGUGGCAGUGGCAGUGUGCCACCCAUGAAGGUGGUGACUCCAGGAGCCUCUCGGCUGAAGGCAGCCCAAGGCCAGGCUGGCAGCCCCGACAAAAGCAAACACGGCAAGCAGAGGGCAGAAUACAUGAGGAUCCAGGCCCAGCAGCAGGCCACUAAACCAUCUAAAGAGAUGAGCGGGUCAAAUGAGACCUCCAGCCCUGUCUCAGAAAAGCCCUCGGCUUCCAGAACCUCUAUCCCUGUAUUGACUUCCUUUGGGGCAAGGAAUUCUUCCAUCUCCUUCUAGAAGCCCCCUCACAUCUCCACCCUCUGCCUCCCCCCAUCUGCCAUUUCUUUCUCUUCCCUUCAUCUCCACCCACCCCCACCCUGCUCUCCAGACCUCCUGAGGGGUUUGCCUUUCAGAGGAGGGGGUGGCCCUCUUCAGCUCCCUACACCCAUCUUGUGUUGGUGUUUUUGGUUUUUUUAAUGAUUCACUUUUAAUUAUCUUUUUUUAAACGGUAAAACUAAAAACCAAACACACCAUUUCCCCUUGGUUUCCUGUUCCCAGAGGGCCUCUAAUGGGCCCACCACCUGUCACAUCUCUCCCUUUUCUUUUUCACCACUCUUCCUCCUAAGUCCAUCCUGCACCUUCCCCUCCCGCCUGCCCCCCUCCCAACUUCCCAAGAAUAUUCCGAACAAACUCUGAGCCACGGAGACCUGGAGCAGCAGAAAGCCUCUCCCCUCCCUCGGUACCUCCUGGAGGAAUGCAUGGACAUUGGACCAACCCCAACAUCAGGCCGGAGAAUGCAACACUGGGAGAUGGGGCCCUGGAGACACCCCACUCCCUAUCCAACCUCACACAAGACUGACCUCUGCUGCUGCUCUGCUCCCUUCCACUCAUACCCCAGUGGGCCUGAAGUCUAGAUGAACGGGCUGGAAACAGAAGCCAGGGUCUGGGAGGCCACAGGGUGGGGUGAGGCCUGGAGUCUCUGUCCUGUGGGAGCAGCUGGCCUCACUGUCCUGUGGGGAGUGGAAGGAGGCCAUUCGGACUAUUGGCUAUGGGGGUACAUUAUGCAGAUGGCCUGACACUGGGGACACUGCCUGGGGAGAGGGCAGCCCUGGAAGGGGCAUUUGGUACUUUUAGUUUCCUAAUUUAGCACUUUAAAUGAUAUUAACUUAUUUAAUGGGGGUGGGGUGGGUAAGAAUGAAGGGCCCAGAAAUUAGGUUUUGAGGCCUGGAGGUGGGUAAGGGUUUGGUUGUUAGGGAAUGGGGAGCGUAGGGAGGGUUGGAUGGGGGCAGUGGAAGACAGCUCUGGCCCCAUAAGUGGGGUGACUUGACCUUCAAUCACCCUCUUUACGACUUGAGGGUUUUCAGGGAAGGGGUGAGAUGUGGUUUUACAUGGGGAUCUGGUGACCCUGAUGAGAUAGCAGAAGGUCCCCAAGGCCUGACCAGCCAGUCUGUGGCCGGUGGGUGUCCUGCUUCCUCCACAGAGGCUAUUGGAAGUUGGCUGGGUCCUGGAGAGGGGGAGAGAGACCAAAUUUGGUUGUCGCUCCUGGCCCCCCAGAGGGCACAGGGAGGGGCCAGAGGGAGAUUGUGAGAGUGGAGGAGGAGAAGGAUGAUGGAGUGGGGAUCCCCAGGCAGAGGAUCCCCAUUUGGAGCACAAAGUGGUGUAAGCACAGGGAGGGGAAUUGGAAUUAGUUCCCCCAUUAAGCACAGAAAGGGGGGGCCGCUGCUGAAGGCUUGAGCAGGGAGGGAAACUGGGUUGUGUCUCUUCAUUCCGUUUUUGUUCUGGCUUCUGUUGGUUCAUCCUUGUUUUCUAGCUUUGGAUCAUUUUUGUACCAAGGCGAGCAAGCCUUUUUGAAAAAUAACAAAAGAAGAGGAAAAAAAAAUCCCUCCAGAAAAAAAAAAAACCCGGAAAAAUAAGAAACAACAAAAAAAAAGGACCUCAUAAAUGAUGCAAUUACUUUUAAUUGCAGGCAACUCUUUACAUUUAAGUGAAGUGUCUUAACAUUUUAUAUUGUUUUAAAAAUAUAUUUACAUAUUAUAUAUAUAUAAUAUACGUAAUAUAAAUAUAUAUAAAUAUUUAAAAAAGAAAAAAAGAAAACCACAGCACUCUCUCCCUUGCCGCUGUUUUGGCAGGGGAGGGGGUCUUGGGGAUGGGCACAUCGGCCUGGCUUCCGUGGUCCAGUAAAUGGUUGGGUUGAUUUGGCUGUACAGAGACCCCUGACUUGGGAGGGGCGGGGGGAGUGGUGCCCCCUCCUCCCUGCACUCCAUGCCUCUUCGCUUGCUACCCUGCUCACCCCACCUCCCACCCUCCACCCUGUGACCGGAACAUGUGCCCCACUGUCAUUGUCCUGAGUUGAAUGUCCCUUGGUGGGAGGAGGGGGUGAGGGGUCAGUGUCCCCCCAGGAAGGGGCAGAUGGAGGGAGUCGCAUGCCCCGCCCCCCACCCAAGUAGAGUCCUGUGGGAUUUGCCUCUUUCUUUCACUUUGGUUCCUGCGCAUUUGUGGGCUGGGAGGCAUCUGCGUGGAACCGUGUGCAGCCUGUGUGUGUGUGUUUGCGUGUGUGUGCACAUGUGUGCAGGCACAAGCCCACCCAGCCAUGUGUGAGACACAUGGGACACUCUUCCACAGGCAUGGCCUGUCAUGUGGGGGCAGGCGUGUACGCUGUGGGCAUCGGCAUGUGCCUACCUGCAUGUUAGAGUGAGAGGAGCUUUGCAGGUGAGAACAGUGUGAUGUGUGUGCAGAUGUGCCUGGCUUCGAGAGCCUUCUUAGCGCGGUGGCCACGUGUGUGUGGACAGAGGUGUGUACAUGCAAGUAUGAGUGACCUGUGUCUGCGGGGGCGGGGGGAAGUGAGCCCAGGCAUGUGCUGGCGCAGACCCAGGGUGUGGGCCUGCCUGUGUGUGUGUGUGAGUGCAAGCACGCACGUGUGUGUUCCAUCAUCCCUGCACCACUCGCUCCGGCUACCCUCCUCAGCCCCCAUCCCCACUGGCCCUCUCACAGCCCGCCGCCCGCCAGUGCCCCCAGCUGCAUGCGCCUCGCUGCUCUGUCCAUCAGUGUGUGCUUGACCAAGAGCAAACUAAGGGACCCCUGUACCUGGUCCCCCAGCCCCCACCCACUGUGCUGUGUUACUCGCAUGGGGGGUUUCUCUCCCACCCCUUCCACAAUAUGCUGUUUCCCCAGGAGCCUCAGGCCUGAGGCUCUGAGUGGGGUCCCCGUGGGCCCCUCGGGCGAGCCCCAGCCCCACACCUGCCCCGUCCACCCUGUAGGGCCCGUGUUGGUGUAGCAGUGAUGGCUUCUGUGGGUAUUCUGUGACCUCUGUUGGUGUAACUUGACAAUUUCUAAAUGGAAAAGGGUUGCUGUGUUUUCUCUGUCUCUCUUUUUUAAUGUCCUUUUUUCUUCUCUCCACCUCCCUGCUCUCUCCUUUUUGGUUUUUCUAGCCAAGUGUUUGGGGCUUUAAUAAAACUUGUUUCUUUUUCC